GGAGAAGGAUCAGUUUUGGAAUUUCGAACACUAGACGAGCCCGGGAACACAUGCUGGUCACUUGGCCCUCCGGAGGGUCGAGUCCGGAGCUCGUCGCCAAGGAUUCCACCCUCGGUGAACCGAACUCUGAUCCCGCGGCCCAUAAGGUCGAGGAAAUCGCCGAGAUGCUGGCCGUCCCCCGCGUCCCUGUUGCCGGGGUGAAAAGGCGGUGGGGCGGUGGUGGGUUUCAGGAGUCAAGCCCCGAAGUGUCCAGCAGUGGCGUUCUUUCUCCGCCUCCUAAUUUUCACCCUGCGGCUCCAGAGUGCGCCGUAAACGCCGAGGACCUACAACUCUGGGACUUGGAUAUGCAGCAGCGUGGCUCUUCGCUGCAUCAUUCGCGUCGCAACGUCAUGGCGGAAACGACCCUGUUGAGUACCCAGGACCCCAUAUUUUCCUGCGAUCCCGUCAUCGAAGGAAGGGACGAUUUAUCACCACCAAGUUCUUUGAACGGGUACAGCGCGGACAGCUGUGACGCUAAAAAGAAAAAGGGACCGACGCCGCGGCAGCAAGAAGAAUUGUGCCUGGUUUGUGGGGACCGAGCCUCGGGUUACCACUAUAACGCCCUCACGUGCGAGGGUUGCAAGGGUUUCUUCAGGCGAAGUAUAACGAAGAACGCUGUCUAUCAGUGCAAGUAUGGAAAUAACUGCGAGAUUGAUAUGUACAUGCGUAGAAAGUGUCAGGAGUGCAGGCUGAAGAAGUGUCUUACCGUUGGAAUGCGGCCCGAAUGCGUCGUACCCGAGUAUCAAUGCGCGGUCAAGCGCAAGGAGAAGAAGGCCCAGAAGGUAGGGGAAAAGGACAAACCAAACAGUACAACGAUGAACGGAUCGCCCGGAAGCCUCAGCGGCAUGGGCGCCGAUCAGAUGGGGGUCAAGCUCGAACCGGCAGAGACCGAAAACCUUCCGAUGCUCGGGAGCAGCAGCAGUUCGAAUGUCCAUUCCCACAACGGGAUAAAACCCGUCAGUCCGGAGCAGGAGGAACUUAUCCACAGGCUCGUUUACUUUCAGAACGAGUACGAACAACCUAACAAAGAGGAUGUCAUACGAAUCACGAACGAACCCAAUGAAGGAGAAGACCAGAGUGACACGAGGUUCAGGCAUAUCACCGAGAUAACGAUAUUGACGGUGCAGCUGAUUGUCGAGUUUGCGAAAAGGUUACCCGGGUUUGACAAACUAUUACGCGAGGAUCAAAUAGCCCUCCUCAAGGCCUGCUCAAGCGAAGUUAUGAUGCUGAGGAUGGCGAGGAGCUACGACGCUGUGUCUGACAGUAUCGUAUUCGCGAAUAACCAACCCUACGGCAAAGACAGCUAUAGCCUCGCCGGAAUGGGCGAAACAGUUGACGAUCUCCUAAGAUUUUGCCGGCAGAUGUUCGCGAUGAAGGUCGACAACGCCGAGUACGCCUUGCUUACGGCCAUCGUAAUUUUUGCCGAAAGGCCAUCUUUGGUCGAAGGAUGGAAGGUGGAGAAAAUACAGGAGAUCUACCUCGAGGCGUUGAAGGCCUAUGUUGACAAUCGGCGGAGGCCAAAGUCGGGGAUGAUAUUUGCUAAGCUCCUAUCCGUUCUCACGGAACUGCGAACGCUUGGUAACCAGAACAGCGAGUUGUGCACAAGCCUGAAAUUGAAAAACAAGAAGCUGCCUCCCUUUCUUACCGAGAUCUGGGACGUGAUACCUUAGUUUGUUUUGUGGUUUUUUUUUUUUUUUUUUCAUCCGAUUUUUAGUGUCUUUCUUUUUAAAUUUUUAUUUGUCUUCUCAAUAUUAGCCGUCACGUUGGCUACUACUGUAUGCGUCCCACGGCGCCGUGACUUUUAUAAUAGUGCACCGCUAUUGGGAACGAAUAAUAAAUACGAAGGUCACGUUUUUUGAAAUUGUCAUAUUACGCUGUAAUAUGUAACUACUUUUGCGGAAAUUUUUUCUUUUUUUUUUUUCUCUUUUCCUAAAAAAAGGGUUCGUUUAUUCGUACAUGUAUGCAAUCUAGCGAAAUGUGGUGUGAUGAUGAUCACUUUUUUAUUUUUAUUUAUUUUUAUUUUUUUCAAAUUGCAUUCCUUCACUACCGCCGUGUAUAGGUUGAUACCGCGACGAGAGAAAAUUUUCGUUCCCAAUGCCGCUGUCUCUGAGUGCCGUUGUUUCGUGGAAUUAAUUCGCAUACCUGAUACCUGCAAACAAUAAUAAUUUUGGAGGACUAUGAUUUGAAAAAAAUCAACUUCUACGAGAAACCGAGUGUAUUUUAGUGCAAUUCGGCGAUAAAGGAAGCGAGAACGGUUUGGAAAGGAGACGAGACAGUGGCGAGGCACGCAGGCUGUGAUACGUAGAGACAGUACCGAG